AUACAAAAAAUCUUUGGAACUCAAAGACCUAUGGGAACUCAACUUCGCCGAUACAUCUGCAUCUAUAUGGGCCGUAUUUGGAAAGCACUGGGGUACAGAAAUGGAAAGAUACCGCAAGGCAACAAGGUUAGUGACGGGGACAUGUUCAAUCGUGUCGGAAUAAUUGAUGUUCAAUUUACUUUUUUUAUUUUGGAUUGCAUCCUUGCACAACUCUCAAUUAUAACUUUUGUGUUUUUCAGUUUGGUCAAGAAUUACAAAUAUCCCGUCCAGAAGCAAAUUACGGCUCCACCUAAAGACAAACAACAGGCAGAUGCCAAGGAAGAAGAUAUUCCAAGUGCACAAAAUGAUGAACCGAGCGAAGACAUCAUGAAAGCUUUUAAUACUGGCUCCCUUUUGAAGGCAAUCACUAAGACAUUUGGUGCAGAGUACAUGUUAGCUGGAUUCUUUAAGCUUUUAUCCGAUGCCUCUGGGUUU